GCAAGAAGACGCUUAUAGCUAUUUCAACAUUGACUUUUUGAAGAAAGAGAUUCCGGAGAUUCCUAAGAGAAGGAAGAGAGACGAAAUGCGACGAAAUGAUUCCGGAGACUUUCCGCCGAGGAUCGAGAAUCAACUUGUGGAGCGUGGUGACGCAUGCGCGAGUCGCUCCGUUUUUUGUAACUGUAUACGUGGUGCCCGCCGCACACAGGCCGCACAAUAACGUCGUGGUUACACCGUGUGUUUGAGGGUAAACGAAAGAAAAAGUGUCCUUGGUGCCGACACGUCGAAUUUAUCAUGACGAGACCCGACAGUUCGUCGAGUGGCAACGUACGCUUUGCGUGAAACGCACAACGGUGAUCAUGGAUCAGCUGGUUAUCUUGGUAUCGCUGAUGCACCUGGUAUUCAGCCCGUUUACGAAAGUCGAGGAGAGCUUCAACCUGCAGGCGAUGCACGAUAUCCUCUAUCACGGUGCCAAUUUAACGGAGUAUGAUCAUCAUGAAUUUCCUGGAGUCGUGCCACGUUCUUUUUUGGGGCCUAUUGUCAUAUCUGGUCUUGCCUCACCAUUGGUGGCAGGUAUUAAUUACCUGAAGUUCAAUAAAUUUUUUGCUCAGUAUGUGGUAAGAGCAAUAUUGGGAUUAUUGGUAAUAAGUACAUUGAAGUUAUACAGGCACGCUUUACAAAGAAUCUUUGGGCUGCAGUUCGCAAGGUGGUUUGUGCUCAUAACUGUGUCGCAGUAUCAUUUUAUAUACUAUCUUAGUCGUCCACUGCCAAAUAUAAUGGCUAUGCCUUUAGUAUUAGUGGCCUUAUUUGGAUGGCUGAGGCAAAAGCAUGUGUUGUUUAUCUGGUCGUCGGCUGCAGCAAUAAUAAUAUUCAGAGCAGAACUCGCCGUACUUUUGGGAUUAUUCCUUUUAUACGAUAUAGCGAGCCAGAAACUUUCUAUACAAAGACUACUUAAAAUUGCGGUUCCAGCUGGUGUAUUGUUCUUAGCCCUUACUAUUACUAUAGAUUCGAUAUUUUGGAGACGGUUAGUGUGGCCAGAAGGCGAAGUGUUUUAUUUCAACACUAUUCUUAAUAAGAGCAGCGAAUGGGGCACAUCACCAUUUUUAUGGUACUUUUAUUCAGCAUUGCCGAGAGGUCUAGCAUUUUCAUAUUUUCUAAUUCCCUUUGGGAUGAUCUGGGAUGCUAGAGUUCGCCAGCUUACUGUUCCAGCUAUCAUAUUCAUCCUAAUAUUUUCAUUUUUACCACACAAGGAAUUGAGAUUCAUAAUAUACGUAUUUCCACUGUUGAAUAUUGGCGCAGCUGCUGCUUGCCACAGAAUAUGGGAAAACAAAACAAAAACGUGGUCGAAUGGUUUUCUAGCGAUAUUAGUCUUUGGUCAUCUUGUAUUGAAUGCUAUAUUCUCCAUGUUUCUACUAUGCGUGGCUAGCUCUAAUUAUCCUGGAGGAUUGGCAAUCGCUAAGUUACACAGACUUGAGAGAGACUCAAUCGAACCAGUACAUGUGCAUAUUGAUGUGUUUGCCGCACAAACCGGGGUAUCAAGAUUUACACAGACCAAUGCUUCUUGGAUUUAUUCAAAACAAGAGAACCUCACUACCGAUGAUCCUGAAAUGCUACAGUUUACUCAUCUCUUGGUGGAAGCAAGAAGCAAGUAUUCUCCGAAUAUAAAGCCCUAUCUAAGAACUCAUGAUAUUAUUGAUUCUACCGAUGGAUUUUCGCAUAUAACAUUAAAUCACAACAUGCUACCGCUUAUUACUAUUAGGAUUAGAACGAAGCCAUGUAUAUUUAUUAUGAAAAGAAAAUCGAAUAUCAAAUAUGAUCCUAAUAAAGCAAAAUCAAGGUCUUCUGUAAAGAUGGAUUUUGGAAACCAGGUAAAUGAUACAGAAAACAUGAAAUUGAACACGUCACUUGAAGAGGAAGUAGUUGACAAACUUGUGGAGUCAAUAGAAAAACUUGAGAAGGUCGAAGAAACUAUUGAGCCAAAUUUUUCAGAUAUCGAAGUUGAAACUGAAAAUGAUACAAUGGAGAAAAAAGUAGAAAUGUUUAAUGAUUUGCCAGACGAUAACGUGACAUCUAUGGAAAGUACUACAUGGGAAGAUGUUUCUGAUAUCAGUGAUGUAAAACCUGAUGAAAAAACGAAGAUUGAAGAAGAAAAUAUCAUUAAGGGAAAAUCUAAAAACGGUGUAAAUCUACGUCCAGAAACUCAAGGUGUUAAGGAAACUGUUAAAAAAAUGAUUCAAGAAAAGAAGCUAGAAACCAAACAGAGAAGAGAAGUCAACGAUGAACAAAAAAAUAUAGAACUUUCAAUAAAACCAAUGAAGAAGAAAGGAGUAACAGCGGAGAUGGUAAAAGGGAUAGAAAUAUUGAAACAGGAGUUAAAAGAACCAUCACUUACAGAUAAAACAUCAACAAUGAGAGAAGAACCUAAGAUCGUGAAAGAGCAUAUGAAAGAUGAUGAAUUUAGUAUACAGAAGCCAGUUGUUACACAAAAGAAAGGUAAAAUCAAGUUAAUAAAAUCAGGUAAUCUAGAACAAACUGAAGAUACAGUGGAAGAAGAAAAUGAAAUUGUAGAUAUAAAAGUAGAUGCGAGAAAGAUUGCAAAGUCGCAAGAUAAAAUUGACGUAGAGUUAUCUGAGACAGAAGUUGUACAAGAAGAGGAUAAAGAAGAAAAUGCCAAGAUACCCAAAUCAAUAAAUGUAAGAGAAAGCAUAAGGAAUAUAAUAAAUCAGUUUAAGGAAUUUGAGAAAGAUUUCAUACAUGAUGAUACUGAUACAAUGGCAUCAACAAAUGAUACAAAACGUAUGGAGAGCGAUUCGCACAUAGCGGAGGAAAUGGAUUAUUCUGUGGAAAGUAAUGGUCAACUGAUGGUAAAAGAUGCUAGAGAAAGUCUUAAGGAAAUAAUAGAUCAAUUUAAGUACAUUAAGCACGAAUUAACCUCGGAGGAAGACGAUCAAUUCGAUGAAAUCGCAGCUAAAUAUAUGGAACGGCCAAUCGCUGAGACAUUAUUACAAUUCAGCGAAGCUCUAAAGGUUUUAAUACAACGAAGAAAAAAGACAUCACCGAAGGAACGUGCAGCCAACAUGCAUAAUAACAAAUAUAUAUCAGAAAAUCAUAGAAAAUCGAUUGCAGAGGAAACCAAUGUAAAUCCAAAUAAUAUAAAUAUUAGUGGAAAAGAAAGUUCACAGAAAAAUAGCAAAAUUAGAGAUGAAUUAUAAGAAACUUUAUUAAAUAAUGUUUCAUAAGUAACUAUUAAAUGUUACUAGCGGAACAAGUGUGUAAUAUUGUAACAUAAUGUAAAUACGUUUUUCUGUGAUAUAAAAAAAUAUUGUAUUUUUUAAUAUGUAAUAUGCUCGCGCUAUCAAUAUGGAAAGUAUAAAAUUGACUUUUCCAUACUCAUGUACGAUAUUUACGAUAGCUUGAAAAUAGUUUGAAGGGGAAAUACUGUACAAUUUUGCAUACUACACUCAUAUCAAAUAUGAUUGAAUUUUCACGGAGCGCAAAAUUACUAAUAUAAUUACGCCUGAAUAUUAAUCUAUGUACAGCAAGAAUAUACCUUAUAGUCAUUUUUUGACUUUAUUUAUAAUUACAUUUUUAUUUGUUACGUCUUAAAUUAUAAUUACGGACAUGUAAAUACGUCCACAAGUUGUAAACAUUAAACUGAUAUGAGCUGUUGCCUGUUUACGUCGACUUUUGCAUUUAGUGUUGCUUAUUUUGAACAUAGAAGUUUCCAAUUUUGAUAAGCCGCAUCUCGCUUGUAGCAAAUCAAAAAUUAAAUUUAAAAUGAUAUAAAUUAUCAAUCUCCAAGUUCCACGAAAUUCAUUAUACAAUAUUUAACAGACUGAUGGAAUAAUAUCGACAUCUGCAGCGUAUAAUUGAGUGCCUUAUUAAAUCUCUUCCAAAAUUAGGACCGGUAUUAAAUAUAAAUAAUGUACGUAAAUGCAUGACAUAUGUAAUCGUGUGUAUGUUUGUAUGCGUGCGUAAUAUACCAGAUGUAUUGAUGUUUUACAUAAAGUGAAAUUGUUUAAUA